AUGGAUCGAAGAAACAGUUCAUCGUCCAUAGUCAUUAAGCGAGUAACGCAGUCAGCUCCAAAACACUCAAGAAGAUCGUCUAGGAAGCUCUCUCUCUCAAGUGAGAAGUUAGAUUACAUGAGGCAACAACCCAUCUUACUUCUCCUGUCUCUACCAAAUGACUAUGCUGUCAGUAGCCCUCAUUGUACAGGUCUGGAUGCCCUUCAGCAACAGAUGAAUGCCAUGAAUGAUGAUUUCCAAAGAAAUAUUCGGGAAGUUCGGAACAGAAUGGAGAAAAUGAACAACGAUACCGAACACUACAAACAAUUUUCAGUUAGAAACGUUAUUGACAAUCCCAAUAAUAGACGAAAGGAGACAGUCGUGUCCAGUGCCAGAGUAGCUACAUUGUCGGAAAGUAAACACAAGCUUGCCACUCUUCUAAAAGAAAUUGUUUCUCGUAACGUUGAGUCCACGCGACAGAUUUCCCAGAUUAACAAUACCGUCAAUGAAAUGACUCCUGUCGGGAGGAGAAUUCCGGACACCAGACAUAAGGACUGUAUUGGAUUAACCUACCCGGAUGUUGCUACCAUGCCAACAGUUUCCUUGGUGAUUAUAUUCCAUAACGAGCCUCUCCAACUUAUCCUGAGGAAUGUCCAUAGCAUACUGGACAAGACACCUUCACAUCUUGUCCACGAAAUAAUUCUGGUGGAUGACAAAAGUACAUUAACCUAUCUGAAAGACGACCUUGACUUGUACGUCUCAUAUCUUCCUAAGGUCAAGGUCAUUCAUAACAAGAGAAGAGAAGGUCUCGUAAAAUCUCGGAUGAUUGGCGCGAGAACUGCGUCAGGUGAUGUACUGGUGUUUUUUGACGCACAUAUGGAAUGCAAUGUACAGUGGCUUGAACCGUUACUGGCAGUUCUGAUGAAAGAACCAACGGCCAUUCUACAACCUCAAGUAGACAUAAUAUCAGGCGAAACUCUGGAGUACUUCUCAAUGGAUUCAGACAUUCCGUUUGUAGGCGGAUUCGGCUGGGAUUUACGGUAUUCCUGGUUCAAGCUGCCUGUGGAAUUCAGACCGAAGAGUCCAACCGAGAACUUCUGGACUCCAGUUCUGGUCGGAAACGCUAUCGCAGCGAGGAGAGAUCACUUUUUCAGAAUAGGCGGGUUCGAUGAGGAUCUGAAAAUCUGGGGAGGCGAGCAUUUUGAUUUGUCUUUCCGGAAUUGGCUAUGUGCUGGCCGUGUGUAUACGGUUCCUUGCUCGAGAGUAGGACAUCUGUUCAAAAAGGCGGCAGGCUAUAGUUAUGAUGGAGACCGAGAAGCGAUCAUUGUUACAAAUCUUAUGAGAGUUGCAGAGAUUUGGUUAGAGGACUACAAAGAUAUAUUUUACAGAGUGACGAAAUCUUCAGUAUCAAAAAUGCCCAAGUUUACAAAGGAAGAUAUUAAAUCUAUAAGGAAAAGAAUCGAGUUAAAACGGAAACUGGGAUGUAAGCCAUUCAAAUGGUACCUUCGUCAUGUUCUUACUGAGCAGAUUCUUCCACGUCAAGAUGCGUUGCUGUUCGGAGAAAUCACUCACGCAAAAAGUAUGAAAUGUCUUCACGUUGUUGAUGAUACAGUUAGGUUUACAGGCGAGUGUUAUGUAUAUAGAAUACUGCCCUACAAUACAUUCACCUUCACCACAUCUCGCCAACUUAUGCACAAAGACAGAUGUGUUUACAUUGACGAUCAAACCUAUAAUCUGCGUGUAAGCACAUGUACUGCCACAACAGGGUGUGUUGAAAGGCAGGUGGAAGUUCCCAUCCCAAGGAAAGGAAGGACGCAUCCAGUUUGUGACAGAAGAGGAGAAGUAUUUCUGUGUGAAUGA